UACAUAAAAGAUGGUCCAUGUUCACUUGCUGGGCUGAGGGACUCCAAAGCAGCUCAUUCCAUUUCUGGGCCACUCUAAACAUCCACGCUAUCCAGACAGCGAAAAUGGUAGCGGGCCUGUUGGCUUCCAUCUCUAUUACAGAGCUUCUUCUGGUCUCUGUUGUCUUCUGUCUGAUCUUCUGGGUCAUUGAGUCUCACUCUCAAAAGGUCCCCAAGGGACUCAAACCACUACCUGGACCCUGGGCUUGGCCCCUGAUUGGCAACAUGCUGACACUAGGGAAGAAUCCCCACUUGGCCCUGGCUCAGCUGAGAGAGAAGUACGGCGACGUGAUGCAGAUUCAGAUCGGUUCCACCCCGGUGCUGGUUCUGAGUGGUCUGGAAACCGUCCGCCAGGCCCUGGUGAGGCAGGGGGAGGACUUCAAGGGCAGACCCGACCUCUACAGCUUCUCCCUUGUCACAGACGGCUAUAGCAUGAGCUUCAACCCUGACUCAGGGGAGGUGUGGGCAGCCCGAAGGAAGCUGGCCCAGAACGCUCUCAAUACCUUCUCCGUGGCCUCCUCGCCAUCCUCGACUUCCUGCUACCUGGAGGAGCAUGUGAAGAAAGAGGGCGAGUGCUUGAUCCAGAAGUUCCAAGAACUGAUGGACACGGUCGGGCGCUUUGACCCCUACAAUCACGUGGUGGUGUCCGUGGCCAACGUCAUAGGCGCCAUGUGUUUUGGCCAAUGUCACGCCAACGAGAAUCAAGAACUAAUGAAUAUCAUUACUAAGAGUCAUGAAUUUGUUGAGGGUGCCUCCUCAGGCAACCCAGUGGACUUCAUUCCCAUCCUCCGCUACUUCCCAAACCCCAAGUUGCAGAGGUUCAAGGAAUUCAACCAGAAGUUCUUAAAAUUCAUGCAGAAAACUGUCCAGGAGCAUUACAAAGACUUUGACCAGAAUAAUAUUCAAGAUAUCACUGGUGCUCUGUUCAAACACAGCCAGGACAAGACUCAGGGGAACACUGGCACCAGUGUACCAAAGAUAUUGAUCACCAAUCUCAUCAAUGAUAUCUUUGGAGCUGGUUUUGACACAGUCACGACGGCCAUUUCCUGGAGCCUCUUGUACCUUGUGAUAAACCCUGAGGUCCAAAAGAAAAUCCAGAAGGAGUUGGACACUGUGGUUGGAAGAGAGCGCAGACCGCGGCUCACAGACAAACCUCAGCUGCCUUACCUGGAGGCCUUUGUCCUGGAGAUGUUCAGGCAUACCUCCUUUGUCCCUUUCACCAUCCCCCACAGCACCACGAGAGCCACGACCUUAAACAAUUUCUACAUCCCCAAGGGGAUCUGCGUUUUCGUGAACCAGUGGCAGGUUAACCACGAUGAAAAAUUAUGGGGGGAUCCAUCAGCAUUUCGACCAGAGCGAUUCCUUAGUGCAGAUGGCACUAUCAAUAAGAACCUGAGUGAGAAGAUGCUUUUAUUUGGCAUGGGGAAGAGGCGAUGCAUUGGGGAGACCAUUGCCCGCUGGGAAAUCUUCCUCUUCCUGGCCAUUCUGCUGCAGCAGCUGGAGUUCAGUGUUCCAUUUGGAGUGAAGGUGGAUCUGACCCCAACCUAUGGGUUGACCAUGAAGCAUCCCCGUUGUGAGCACUUCCAGGCUAGACAACGCUUUUCCAGCCAUUGAGCAGCCAUUGUCCAGGACUGGGGUGCUGGCUCCUUCCCCCUUUCCUUUGACUUACUCUCAGUCCAUAUUAUUGUCAAUAGGCUAAGGAGUCAAGUCCCUGGGAGUUAUAUACAUUGCUUCUCUAGUUUAUUUUCCUUUCUUCUAUUAUUAAAACCUAUUAAUUCCUAAAAGAAAAGGGGAGGGGUCACUACUUUCCCCAAAAACCUCUAUAAUAUACCUGACAAAUGGUCAUCAAACCUCUGCUAGAAAUGCUCCAAUUUAGCUACGGGAUCAAAUGUUGGUUUAUACUAAGCUUAUAAUUCACUAAGAUCACCUGACUGUUCAUUUACAAGCUAUUCUCUUGCCAUAUUUUCCCAGCCUUCUACUUGUGAAACUAGUUUUGAAUCCAUGCGUAAGACUUAGCAUUCUUCUCUAUUAAAUUUCACUUUAUUCGGUUUA